AAGGCAAAUCGCGCCGGGGCAUCUAAUUCGCUAACGAGCUCUACAGGAAUGCUCCCAACUCUUCCAACUCACGUUGGAAGGAGCUCGGGUGCUGAGCCAUGAAAGAUGGGGUGCAACUAUCUGACGAGAUAUUUGACAAAACGAAUGAUCUCGUCGGUGCUACGAAUGGCGCCAAAUUCCAUUCUUCUUCACCCGGCAGUGAAAUACCGAGGACGUUUAACGUGGACGACUCAGACUUGUGUAAACAUGAAGUGAAUUUGCGGUCUCAGGGACAGGUGGGCAAUUCCAGCAGUAGGGGUGGACAUAUGCCAAAGAAAGGCGAUCUUGCAUUGAACCCAGAACUGACGACUGAAGGCCAUUGCGCUGAAGCUAGUUCUGAUAGUCAUCUUGCAUGCAUCGCGGUAGAUGACGCUGUAGAAAAGGAUCCUCAUUUAUUGUCUUGCGAGAGGACCAAUGCGUCUCUGCAAGUCAGCGAUAGCAUUCCAAAGACUGCGUCUAGUGAAAGCAAUAUUACAAGCCCGCCUCCUACGAUGCAGAAAUCCCAAACAUGCUUUUCCAAUCAUAUACCGGAAGUAUUUGCAGACUCGUCAUGUAGUGGGGACGUUUGUGCGAUCGACAAAAGGCCGGAGCUGGAUAUUGACCGCACUUUGAAGGCUCCUAAUUGUGGGGACGAUGAUGCUCCAGCGAGUGUCAGUACCACGGCAGUAGCAGCGGACACCGAGCGUCUUGAUCCUGGCAGCUGCUUUGAUAGAUUACCCAUAGAGAUCCGUUUCUGUCUUGUGUGCAGUAAGAGCGUCGAGAAGUUCUCCACUAUUCGACGUAACAUGCAUGUGAUGAGGUGUCUUGAAGCGCAUUUGGAACCAAAAGAACAUGGAGUAGAUCCGGCAUCAACGGCGGCUAUGAAGAGUGCGGAAUUCUGCGAAGCCACAUAUGCUCGUUUUCUUCGGUUUUGUCCUUUCUGUGGUACUGAGAACCCUUGGUCAUCGGGCGGAGCCACAUCAGGACCCCUUCCGAGCAAACUGUGUUGCGAGUACGCAUCGGGCGAGAAUACAGUCGUCUUGCGAAAGUUGGUUUUCGCUGCGUACAAGAAGUUAAUCGCUUCGUCCACUGGGGCAGUCAGUGGACACACAGUAGAAUCUCCCCACUUUAGAGUUAGUGCAGAAUCGACAGAUAGCGGGAGAUUAGAGUACGUAUGGAUCGAGGUGGACUGUGAUAACGAAGAGAACUGGAUACCACGCAUUUGUCGGGAAAGGAUUCGACAGCCGCAACCGAAAUCCAAAGCACUAAAAACGCGCAAGAAGCAAGUCAGUACUAGAACCAGAAGCAUAAGCAAUAUUAUCCCAGUAGAAGUGAAUGGAAGCAAAGAGAAUAUUGAGCCGCAAAAGGUGGACUUUGCAGAUGACGUCAAACCGGCUACCAGGAGCUCUGAUACAGUGGUUCCAAAACCCGAAGCAAAGAUAACCCCUUCUGAUUCCUGCAAACCUGCGAAAUCAUCGAAAUUAACAACGCGACGAUCGCGCAAGCGCAAAUCUGCGGAAAUGGAUGUCCAGCUGACUCUCUCAAAGAUCGAGGGUAUGAAACGACAACGUCACGAACACGCGCCCACUGUUCUUCCCGCGACUGAGGCGAAGGAGUUGGUUGAACAAAAGAUUAGUGCGAUUUUGCACAACGUAAAUCCACACAUGGAGUUGGACAGUGAUGACACAAUGAUUUAUCCCGGCCAAGAACCAGCUCACUCCGUGGAUCAGGAAGUUCCCAUAACUAGCUAUUCUCUAUGGCAACUAGCUUCAACGAAGGGAGAGAUAUCGGACAUCAGGUGCACAGAGCUUAUCAACAAGCACACCGUUGAAUCACGAUGUUCCCAAGCUCUGAGACCGCCUCGCCAGCUUGAAGACCCAUCUCUGUCUCAAGAGGAGCGGAAACUCCUCAAGGAGAGAGAAGCACGGGUUGUCACCAUUCGAGCGGUGUAUGAUGGGCAAAUUCGGCGUCGCGAGCAGGAGUUGGAAGCGGAAAUUAGAGCUCUAAGAGCCCGCCACUUACAAUGGGUUCGCGACCACAUUAAGCUCCGUGACAAGGAAAUUGCCGAAGUCAUCGAACUGGCCGAAACUCGUUCACGUGCUCUGCAGACGGAACAAUUGAGGAAGCAUUCGGUGGUGGAUGAGCAAAAGGAAGCUGUUGAUGAAGCUGGAAGGUCUUUAACUCACGAACAGGAGAUAGUACCAGCGCAUCCGGCUGCAUAUAGUCCGCAUCAGUCUGCUGAUGAAUCAUGUAAGCGGGAAGUCGGUCCUGACGCGAGUCCACUAGAAAUGCACGUCCGGGCGAUACGUGCUGAUGCUCAAGAAAAUGGCGAGACCGCCACAACUGAAGAUAGUGUGCAAAGUGCCCUGGUAACCAACAAAUCACUCCCUUCACAACCACCUGCAGAUGUUGUGGUGGAUGAAGGAUGUGAAGAAUCUGUGUCAACUAGUCUGAACCUUUUCGACCAAGCGGCUGGGAAGGAGGAGGAACUAAGCGGGCUCAUGGUUCAAGCGUUGCUGGAAUGCUCCUCUGAACGUAGUCCAUUCUGUGAAGAGCUUGUUGACAAUCCCAAUAGCUUUGGCGUCGAUCUAAACGUAGCAGCUCUUGAUUCAGCAAAUGAAUCAGAGUCUGAGACCGGGAGUAGAGGGUCUUCCAAAGACGCAGACUGCGUGAGUCCAGAGCUGUGCCCGUCGGCUGGGACGUGCAUUAUCAUGGAUGAGGAUGAUAUUGAGCUACGUGCAGAGACGAGUCAAAUCGACAUUACGUCACCAAAUCUUGGAAAUAAGAAUGGCGAUCAGCCCUCCUUCCAUGAUGGUCUUCAGCUGCAUGAGGAUGCUGCGGAUCUGAACAAUAGCUCAAAAGUGCAGUCCACUGCAUUCAACCUCUCAGGUGAAGAAGCUGAAUGUCCAUUUGAAUAUGAGUACCAGGAGGACAUCAUAAUUCCAGUAGCCUCAGACGGCGAGCUGGAGGAUGAGAUCGCUUCUUUGACCGCCUGCGAAUUGGAACAAAGACAAGAAUGCCUUACUGAAGCCGCUAACUGCUGCAAUGUGGUCUAUAUUGAGGAAGAUCAUGCAUUGGUGGCUGGCGCCGCUCACAAUGGAAUUGUUGACUUGACUGAUGAGAGAUCCGCUUACUCUCAACUAUGUCAAGAUAUUGAUGACCCCUUCGAGGUUUGCAUUGACGAGUCAGAAGUAGUGAGGUUGAGUCCGCAAACUACACAUGACGAGGAUUCGAGCCAGUCACUGCACGCAAAACUCUUUUCCUACAUACGCGCACAAAAGCAACUGUACAGCCGUAUUUUGCGAUAUGAGCCGUUGGACUUUGACAUCCUGUAUGCACAGAUUAUCCAAGAGCAAGGGCUUGGAAAAUGUUCGAGGAAGGCGCUAAGCGCAUUCCUGGAUAGCAAAGCUAUAAAUUACGUUCUACCUUCGAAGCCAGCCAAAACAGAAGAUGGAAAACGACGGCGCUGGCGCUGAAAGGAACUCACAGUGUAUAUAACCGCCCAUUGUGGACCUACGCGAUUUCAUUUGAUUGUUAAAACGGAACAGCUGACAGAAGAUCAGUCAUGCACAAAACACCAGUCUCUGCGAAGCCUUGCGAGAAAACACAUCUGAAUAUGAUAUGGCUGCAGAAUGAUUUAUCUGCUCGACACCUGUUGUAUUGGAUGAUUGUUAAACGGCACCUUUACCUACUCGACAUAUAAAUUCGAAUCCUGAGGCACAGGGCGAAAAGGCACUUCUUUUUGUAUGAUAUAUUCCGUGGAACAAAGUGGUAUGCAUUAUAGAAGGAUAUUCAUUCUAAAAGUAUAAAUAUGAAAUAUCGGAGUCGAAUGUCAAAAUCCAA